AGCUUAUCAUGACUUAUAUGUCAAUGGGGCACACACAGGGAACGAAACGCUAUGUAUUGCACCAGGGUCGAAUUGGGCCAAAUUGAGAGAUAGUACACGAAAAGAGACAAGAGAUUAUUUUUUUCCCGGCGAUAUACCACAGCUACACUUUACGAUGCAAGUGAAUGGUACGCACGGUCUUGUCGAUAAGCAACCAAAUCAAGAAGGAGGUCAAAGCAGCACAUUUGAAACAUCCUUUAUACCGCUGGAGCUUACUGGGAGUAGUAGAUUAAGAUACAACGCCUUGGAUUCGGUCUUCGCAUAUCAUCUAGACUGUGUACUGGGGUUGGGCAAAGUACUCCCAGCAAUAGGGGUGGAAAUCAGCUCACGAGUGCAACUAAAGGACAAGCUUCGCCUACCGAUGUCUCAGAAAUUCGCCGAGUACGGUUUCUCGUUUGACGAAUACCAUCAACAGAUUUUUGGAACAAUGCAACAACAACUAAGCACAGAGGGGAAGACACAGUAUUUUGGCGAGAGCUGGCUGUCGCGCGUGACGCGCGUAACGUGCAGAAAACUGUGUGAGCUAAUUGGAGGGCCUAUCUACUGCAUGGACUCGGGUGUGCAGAGAGCCUUGAAUGAAUUGGAGGCUUUCCACUUCAUCUUGGGAAGCGUUGAUUCUUCCUUCACCGUGGCGGAAAUGACUGACCAAAAGACAUCACAGAAAGCAAGAAUGCUACUCCCGAACCCUGUCUAUCGAAUGUUGGCAACCUACUAUUCACCCGACGAUCCCUUCUUAUUGCGACAGUCGAAACCUGGGUGUCAGCAUAGUAUACGACUAUAUGAACGCCUCCUCCAAGCGUCAGUGAACUUUGGGCCAUCGAAAGACAGUAAGAGGACGCUGGCAUACCGAAUGGGAAUGGCGAUCCUCGAAGACCCGCUGAUGCGGAAGUACUGGUAUCGUAUGCUACAGUCGCCUAGAGUGAUGAGGCGGAUGGGACUACGGAGGAGUACUUAUGUUGCUCACAUUGAAAAAUGCGUGGAGAAUUUCGGAAAGGAACAUGUAUUUUUUCGUUGAGCCACAGGGCCAGCUAACAUUUGCAAUACGGUUAAGUGGUGUGGAGCGCACCGAUACAACGUCAGAAGUUAAUUUUACCUCUCUAGUAUGAUUUUAAACUCCAUCUGCACCCAGCAUAACUACGAUUAAUCACCCAAGACUAGUAUCGACCAUUCCAGUAUGAAUCAAGCUAAGGGUG